ACCAGCUGCUGUCCAGCAGGAACCUCUCUGCUCCUCCAGCUCUCUGUAUCUCCAACUUCUUUGGGGCUGCACCUUAUCCCAGCGCUAAGACUGCCCAGGGCGUCCCCUGCGCAGUCAUUGCUGGAAGCUGCCGAGGGCCCGUCCCCACCGGAGAUGCUGCUCCUGAGCUGCUCCUCCAAGCUGCAGCUGCUGGAGGGGACAUUGCGGAGGAGCCUGCCUGAGACUCUGCUGGUCCAUGGUGCCGUGAUGAACAUAAACCGCGGGAACCUGGCUGGACACGAGGUGCUGAUGGAUUCAUGGCCCGAAUUCAAAGCUGUCCUUAUCCGGCCACACAGAGAGGUGGCAUCGGACGACUCUGAUUUCUACACCAACACGUAUGCAGUGCACUACCGGGACCUGGGCGCCUGCCGGGCCCUGCUGGGCAGCGCCAUCAACUGGGACCAGGCCUUCUGCAUCCACGGCUGGACCCGGCUGUGAGGCUCUCAUCCCUGGAUGUCUCCCAUGUCGACCUGCUGAAUGAAACGUGGCUCUUUGGGGGUAACGAGAGGAGCAGGAAGAACCUGGCCAGCCUGAUUCGCCACUUCCCCAGUGCCUCCUCCUGGCUGCCCCCGGCUGCCCUGUCAGCUGGUUGGCUGCAGAUGCGUUUGGUGCCCUGGGGACUGCCUACACUCUGCCCCAGCACCGGGGACGCGGCUACAGUACGGUGCUGACUAACGUGAUGGCCAAGCGGCUGCAGUCACUAGGAUACCCCAUCUACGGCAACGUACUGGUGGAGAACAUCCAUAUGCAGAAGCUCAUGGAGCGACAGGGCAUUCAGCGCCAGCCCAGCCUGUGCUACUUCAUCCUCCACAAUGCAGUACUGAACAGAGCCCCCACGCUAACCCCCAGGGCAGCGGGUGAGUCCCCAGCCUAGUGUCCCAGGGCAGCUCACAUGGGAAGGGCAGACAAGUCUGGGGAUCACUGUUAAGCCAAGUGGAACCACGAACAUCUCCCACCUCCAGCCUCACAGACCUUGCCCUUCCCCCAUAGCCCCAUGCCCAGCCUUACAGGGUCUGUCCUACACUUCUGAACCCCAUAUCCUGCCCUCCUUGGUGGACCCUACUCUGCACCCCACUUCCCCUACACUGCCUCCACCCCACUUCCCCUACACUGCUCCAGCUCGCUUCCUCUGCCAGACACCCCAGUAGUGACUCAAUGAUCUUGCAGCCAAUCAAGCUAAGUGUCCACCUACCCCUGCAUCUGCUCCACUCCUUCUCCCCUGCUUCCCUUGGGGCAACUUCCUCUGUGUAUUGCCACUCUAACCCCUCCAUCUGCAAUGUGUCAUCCUCUCUCCAAACUGCCAGAGACAUCACCCCGAUCUCCCUCUCACCCUGUCCCUCUCCACCCCCCAUCACAUCUGUGCCCGGGUCAGCCUGCUCUCCUCAGCUCAUUUCCCUU